ACCUGGGAAGUACAGAACCGGGAGAGGCACGUGACACUAAGCCCCCGGUUCUACAAUGCAGCACUUUCCCGGACGUUGUCCAAACUCGAGGAAAAAUUCAAAAAGACACCGUGGAAAGGGAAGAUCAAAACAAUCAAAAUCCGAAAGGCCAAAAAACAACACCACCGCACACACAACAAAGGGACAAAAGAACGCUACAGUCUAAGGAUCGGCUAAUUGAAGUUAUUGACACCGUUUUAACCUGUUGACGCUCAUCAGAACUGUACUAUGUCGCAUAAGAGACGUCAAUAUCCACAAGCUCAGUAUACCGCUGCGGCGCCAGUACAAGCUGCUGUUUCCCAACAGCCAGCGUAUGGUGGAGCUCCUGUUGGCGGAGUUCCAGGCCAACCAGCUUACUUCACUCCUGCGACCGGCCCUGCCAAUGGCCUUCAAUCCCCAGCGGUGUCGUCUGCUGGUUUCGAGCAGGUUGCCCACGGGUUUUCCAACAUGAGCGUUGGUGGCCAACCACAGGGUUACCAAGGCGGUUAUCCACAACCACAACCACAAGUACAACCACAGGUACAGCGCUCGCCAUACCAGCAGACACAGCCACUUGCGUAUGGAGGUGCCUAUCAACCACCGGCUGGCAAUGGUGCUUAUGGUGCAGCUCCGUCCAAUGAGGUUCAGGCAAUGCCUUUGAACUUGCUCUACCAGACAGAUCUAUUGAGAGAUUUACCACCACCAAUCUCAGAUCUCUCGCUACCACCACCACCAGUCAUUGUUGCCCCAAAUGCCUCUGUUGUUCCAGGUGCUCCUGAUGCCAAUGCGCCAUCAGAGGCUUUCAGAUCGACCUUGAAUGCCAUUCCAAAUACAAACUCGCUUUUGAAAAAGACUAGAUUGCCAUUUGCCCUUGUCAUUAGACCGUAUGUCACUUUGAAGAACGACGUCAAACCGGUCAACGAAGUUACUGAUCUGAUCAUCUCACGUUGUCGUCGUUGUCGUGCUUACAUUAACCCUUAUGUCCAAUUCCAGCAGGAUAACAAGAGAUGGAGAUGUAACUUCUGUUCCCUCGCCAAUGAUGUUCCUGCUGGGUUCGAUCAUAACGAAAUGUACGGAUCUGUGAACAGAUACGAAAGAAACGAAUUGAACCACUCGGUUGUUGAGUUCAUUGCUCCACCGGAGUAUAUGAUUAGACCUCCACAACCACUAGCUUAUGUCUUUGUCAUUGACGUGUCUGUGACUGCUGUCAGAUCAGGUUUGGUUGCCACCGCUGCCACCACCAUUUUAGAGACUUUGGACAGAAUUCCAAACAAGGAUGAUAGAACCAGAGUUGGAUUCAUCGCUGUGGAUUCCUCAUUGAACUAUUUCAACAUCCCAGAGGACACUGAAUCCGGUGAGACCUCUAUCUUAGUUGUCCCAGACUUGGAGGAACCAUUCUCUCCAUACCCAGAGUCUCUUGUUGUCAAUUUGACGUUAGCCAGAAAGAACAUCGAAAAGUUGUUGGAAAACUUGAACAGUUUGUUUAGCGACAAUUUGAACCCAGGUUUUGCUCUUGGUCCAGCUCUUAAAUCGGCACAUAACUUGAUUGAGAAUACUGGAGGUAAGAUUAUCACCCUGGCUGCUAGUUUGCCAAACGUCGGUACCGGUAAGCUUCCUGUUAGAGAUGCCUCCGCUGUUGCAAAUACUUCAAAGGAGGCAUCUGCUCUUCUGAACGCCAAUGAUUCCUUCUACAAGUCAUUUGCUGUUGACUGUAACAAGUCUCAAGUUACCGUUGAGUUCUUCCUUACAGGAGCAAGUUACCAAGAUGUUGCAACAUUGGCGAACUUGCCAAGAUACACCGCUGGUCAAACUCACUACUACCCAGCUUGGUCUGCCACUAGUAUUGAGGAUGUUACCAAAUUGUCUAAGGAAUUGUCCAAUGUUAUUACUCAGGAUAUUGCCUUGGAGGCUGUUUUGAGAACCAGAGGAUCGAGUGGACUGACUACAAAAACUUUCUACGGUAACUUCUUCAGUAGAUCAUCCGAUUUGUGCUCUUUCCCAACUUUCCCAAGGGAUCAAAGUUAUGUUAUUGAGAUUUCCAUUGACGAGAACCUCACGAAACCACUUGCCUUCUUCCAAUCAGCCGUUCUCCACACUACCAUUAAUGGUGAAAGAAGAAUUAGAGUCAUCACAGCGGCUCUUCCAACUACAUCUAACAUUUCUGACGUGUUUGCAUCUGCUGACCAAUUGGCCAUCACUAAUUAUUUCACUCAUAAGGCCAUCCAAAAGGUUUACAACGGUUCGUUCAACGACGCCAGAGAGCUCUUGUCGAAACACAUGCUCGAUAUCUUCAACGUUUUCAAGAAGGAAGUCGUUGCUGGUAAUGUUGGUGGUGCAUCUCCACUGAUGUUGGCAAACAAUCUGAGAAUGUUGCCUCUGUUGUUGCACGCAUUGACCAAACACAUUGGUUUCAGAUCUGGUGUGGUUCCACCAGACCACAGAGCCAAUGCCUUGAACUUGUUAGGAUCCUUGCCAUUGCCACAAUUGAUCAGAUACAUAUACCCAACUGUCUAUUCUCUUCAUGACAUGGCGGAUGAUGCUGGCUUCCCUAAUGAGGAGACUGGUGAUAUUGUUUUACCAGAUGCCAUCAAUGCUAGCGCUGAAUCCUUCGAGAGAUACGGGUUGUAUUUGAUCAAUACCACUACCGAGUUGUUCUUGUGGAUCGGAGGUGACGCCGUUCCAGAGCUGGUGAGCGAUGUCUUUGGUGUUCCAGAUAUCUUCCAGGUUCCAAUUGGUAAAGUUGAGCUUGCCGAGCUGGACAGUGAGUUUAACCAAAGAGUUAGAAACAUCAUCAGUAAAGUCAGAGAAGGUGUUGAUACGUCGAUAUACGAGAACUUGUUUAUCGUUAGAGGGGGUUCAGCCAAUGAGCCAUUGGAUGCCAAUGCUCAACAGGUGAGCUCUUUCAGAUUGUGGGCAUCUUCCCAAUUGGUUGAGGAUAGAAUCGCCAACCAACCAAGUUACCGUGAGUACUUGGCCAAGACCAAGGAUAAGCUUAGCGCGUGAAAGAUUUGAUUUUGUAUUUUCUUCUUUUUUCUUUUCGUUUUAUCUAGAUUGUAAAGAAGGAGAAAGGAAAAGUGUUUGAUAAAUAAACUGAAUUGUACAGACUGAAGUUAAAGUUGAUAUGGGUGUAGUAGUAGUAGUAGUAGUAGUAGUAGUAGUAGUAGUAGUAGUAGUAGUAGUAGUAGUAGUAGUAGUAGUAGUAGUAGUAGUAGUAG